GUAACGUACGUAACGUCAGUGUGCGCAGCUGCAGUAGAUCUACAGAACAUGUAGACUGUAUUGGAGGAGCUUGUGCAGCCGACCCAGGAGCUCUGAAGUCAGCUGGGCUUGGUCCGGAACAUUGUCCGACAAUAACAGCAGCCAUUACUUGGCGUACAUAACUUUAUUACCAAAUAUAUAUAUAAAUGCAGCUUUAUAAACUCUUCUAUCUGCGCUUCUUCUGCUGAGGACGCUUCAACAGGUCUCCCAGUGAACAGCAUGGCAGGCUGUGGAGAAGUGGACUGUUCAGUGGAUGCCCUGGCUCCCUCCAAGCUGAUAGAGGAAGUAGGAGAUAGUUGCGCUACAGACCCUUCCAGUUCCACCACCACCACCCCAGAGUGUGCCAUCUGCCUGCAGAGCUGCGUCCACCCUGUACGCCUCCCGUGCUUCCAUGUCUUCUGUUUCCUGUGUGUGAAAGGCGCCUCCUGGCAGAGCAAGCGCUGUGCUCUCUGUCGACAAGAAGUCCCAGAGGACUUCCUGGAGCGGCCGGUUCUCCUCUCGCCUGAAGAACUGAAAGCAGCGGCCGCAGGGUUGAGCCGGAGUGGGGGGACCGGGGGCGGUUCCCGUGGAGACUACGCGUGGUACUAUGAGGGGCGCAACGGCUGGUGGCAGUAUGAUGAGAGGACCAGCCGUGAGCUGGAGGAAGCUUUCGCUAAGGACAGGAAGAGCACAGAGAUGCUGAUUGCAGGGUUUCUUUACGUGGCCGACCUGGAGAACAUGGUGCAAUAUCGUCGGAACGAGCAUGGCCGCAGACGCAAGAUAAAGCGGGACAUUGUAGAUAUCCCCAAGAAGGGAGUUGCAGGAUUGAGGUUAGACCCCGAACCUGUCCCCAUUCCUGCUGUACCAAUUGUCAUCCCAGCUGCAACAGAACGCGUCAAUUCAGCUGAUGGAUCGGACACUGAUGGCCAAUCACAACCCUCAUUCUUUGGGAUUAUGGCAUCUCUUCCCCCUGUUAGACCUCCAACACUCUUGGGGCGCCAUCUUACUAGUCCCCUUCCUCCCUCACCCUCAAGCAUUGAAGAGUCUUUCUCCCAGCUCCUGAUCAGCCAGCCAGAGGGCGAAGAGGUGGAAGCAGACGAUGAGCUACAGACGUACGAGUAUGCAUCCGGCAGCAGUGAGAGCGAGGAGGAAAGGGAGUGCGACAGAGGGAGAGCAGAACCGAUGCGAAGACAUAGGCAAAGACCGCUAAGAGAGAGUCAGCCAGCAAGGAUGCCUCCAAGGGGCGGGCCCUCCAGCUCUGCACUCAAUCUCCGCUCACGUAGUCCCGAUGGACAGUGCACUGUGACAGAGGUGUGACUGCGACUGCACAGCGGUAUCUGUUCUACAGAUGACAGUGCUUAAACUUUAAUCAGGUCGGCAAAAAAGUUUGAAAACCAGUAUGCAUCUUUAAAGGUCCCAUGAAAUGAAAAAUGGCUUUAUUUAUUGUUAUUUGUGUCACUGGGUGUAUUUAACCUCAUCCAUCAUGUGCCAAAUAUGAUCCUAAAAUGUAUUUUAAUUAUUUUGAUAUCAAAAUAUUCUUAGGUUAUUCAAAGAUCUCCAUCCAAUUGAAUGUAACCUUAGUUUUGUGUGGGAUCUGGUAAACCGUCUCUUCCAAACCUGCAGGUCUACUAAGGUAACGUAGCAGCAAUAACAUGGGUCACAGCUGUGUACUUGGAUGUUAGUUUGUAAAAACAUUGACAGCUUAAUUAACACCUGGGAUAUACUCACGCCUAUCUUUAUUGUCCUCCACCCAAUAUUGUGUUUCAUUCAGAGAUGCUCAAACAGUUAUAACUAGGGUUGCAAAUUCCAGGAAUAUUCAAGGUGGAAACUUUCCAUGGGAAUAAAAUAGAAAUAUAGCGGUUGCAUUUACCAUGUCAUGUGCAGAUAGAAACAAGCCUUUUACCAUAUCAUAAGCAGACAUAAUCCAUUAAUUUGCCAACUAGCAGAAUUGUGUACUUUGUUUUAGGCUACUAUCUGCUGGUUAACUGAAAUAUAAAAUACAUUCACUCCAGUUAUAUAAUCAAAACUUGCAUAAAAGCAUGUAGUCCUUUGGCUCAGACAGUGUGGUAGUGUGGGCUGCACAUGUGAUGGGAGAUUGCACAAGGUUGUAAUUUUACUGAAUUCCUAGAUAAUGGGAUGCUGGCAAAUGAUCUGUACUUGUGACGAAAGAGUGCACUUAAUAGUGCAUGGUUAUUCAAUUAAAUGGGUAUACUUUAACCAAAACAUGCUGUAAGACCUUGUAUUGCUUAUUAUGUGUAUUUCCUCCCCAAAUAAGUUCACUAUUAAAAGGUACGAUUUUUAUUUUUAAAUUGUGCAAAAUUGCGAAGUGUAAAAAAGUGUAACUUCCCUUGGAGAGUUUUUGUAAAUUUACCGACCCUUUGCAACCCUACUUACAACAUUAAAGCCAUUUCAAGGGACCUUUGAAGACAUAAAUUAAAGCCUUUUAUUGAAGAUUAUCAAAAGCUAGUUUCAGCCAGCAAUAUACUGUAUACAAUGGUAGUCAUGCAUCGCCCUCAGCAACAGGUUAUAUAGUGAAGCAUAACAGUCUUGUUUUCAGGCCAAAAAAAGAUGACGCACUAUGACAACUUCUUGGUCAAUGUUGUCCCAAAACUCCCAUCGGCCACUGCCCUGUCUCAUGGUUAACCAGGCUGAUCAUUUUUUGUCUCUUUUGGAGUGAUGGCGUAGAAAUCAAGCGUAAAUGUAGCAGCUUAUGUACCAGUUACAGAGCGUUAAUACUGCUCACUUUUUCCUGCUUUGCUGAUUAGGUUUUUUGAAGUUGAGAUCAGCAGGACCUAAUUAAUAAUAUUUAAACUGGAGUUUGUGUGUGUGUAAUACGUUUAAGCGUACGAGGGGAGAGAGACUGUACUCUCUAGUUUAGUGUGGAAGUGUUGUUUUAAUAAUGGCGUGUUUUGUGUUGUUGUGAGCGGUGUUGGGUGCUGAAAAGCUACUGGCAAAACCACUGGAAAGUAUUUGGCUAUAUAUGUAGAGAGAUACAUUUGGAUUUCUAUUUCUUGUUAUAGUACUCUGGAUGGGGCUACUAUCAGAGCGCUGGCACCGUCGUGUACUUGGACGAUCUCGAGCUGUCCUCACGCUCUUUUUUUUUUUUUUUUUCCCCUGUUUGCCUCAGCUGCUGUUAUUUUAACUGUUUUCACUGUUAGUGUCUUACCAUCUGAAUUACCUAAAACAAGCUUUCUGUCUGUGUGGUGUUGCCCCUGUGGUGUUUUGUCAAGUUAAUAAAUAUAUAUAAUUUAAAAUCA